AUGGCAGCAGUGGAGACCAAAUUCUUUCACUUUCUCAAAAUUGUAGGUGUUGGGUUUAAAGCUAGAGCAGAGGUUGAAGGAUUCUUGUACCUAAAAUUAGGCUACAAUAUGAGUAGCUGAUCUCCCGCCGUGCGUUUAUUUUGUUUUGAAAACAAUGUCGUUUGCUGUACCGGAAUCAACAAGCAAAGGGGGCAUCAAUUUACUGCUGCAAUUCGUAGCUACAAGCCUCUGGAAGUUUACAAGACAAAGAGUCUAACGUACAUUGAUGAUGUUAUCAAGAAGAAGGCAGGGAAGAAAACAAAAUGAGUGUGCAGAUGAAUACUGCUUCUAUAAAAGCAUUUAUGAUAAGAUCUUGAAGCAAAAAUUACAAUUUGCCCUGUAAACUUGAAGGGAGUUUUGUGGCUUGCUACCAUCAAAUUUUUUGCAGUUAAUAGCCUAGUCCAU